AUUGACAGCACUCACUCGAGGUGCUCAUACGCUAUUUCGUGGUUCCUGGGAUUUUCCGUAUAGAGAGUUUCCAAUCUGUCAUAAGGCGAAGCACAUCAAACAAUGGCCAAGGUUUUUGGUGUGAUCUUCUUCACAUUUCUGUCCCUUGUGUUGGCAGAGGACAAUCAACAAAAUGAGGACGAUCCUUUCACCUUUGAUUACCACAGGCUUCGUGUGGGUGGACUGAUUCUAGCAGGUGUCCUAAGUCUGAUCGGUGUCACCAUUCUCCUCAGUGGCCACUGCAGAUGCAAGUUCAAGCAAGACAAAAGGCGAAGAACAGGAAGCAAUGCUGCAGCCCAGCAGAUGCUUAAUGACACAGCCCGGGCCAGCGAAUGCUAAGAAUCAGUCCAUGACCUGUUCAAGAAAACAGCAUGGUUGUGACCAUUGUUUUCUAUCAAAUGCUGGUUUUUUUUUUUUAUGAGGAUGGGCCUUACUCUCUAAAAAGAGGGGGAAGGCAUCUGUAAAAGGUGUGCCUUACAUCUGACCCGUCUCUCACUCACUCUGUGAGCGAUGGACAAUGGUACAACACAAUCCAUACCUGUGUUUCCAAACCAUAUACUUGUCUCAAAUGUAAGAUGUGUCUGAAAUGAUUACCAAAAAAUACUGUGUUGAAUCCUCUGGUUUUUUUUUUUGUUUUGUUUUGUUUUGUUUUUUCAUUUCAACGUUUUUGUAUUGUUAACAUAAGCACAUUAGCCUCUCAGCAGUAGAUUUGAGAAGAUCAAUUUGUUUUGAAAUGCCACUAUGCUUACUUAAAUUCAAUCACACACUGAAAAAUAAAGCCAAAAAUACAAACAAUAUAUUUACAAGCAUCUCUCUUUCUCUCACCACAUUGACGCUGCUUUUUGCAUAGUGUAGAGCAUUGUUAAAUUAAGCUCAGUAGCUAUUUAAUGUAUCAAAUGUCAAAGUGUGUUUAUGACAAUAAAUAUUUGAGUGAGAAAUUGGA